GUCCUCCACGUCAGAGCUUCAUAUUAUCAUUACACGGCUCCGCUGAGUCAAAAUUUUGGCAUCGGAAUCGUCGAGUUCAAUGAAGACAACUGGAGGUAAUCCGAGGUGCGGCGGGGCAGCCUAUGCCUUUCUAGGCCUCCUUCUUCUCACCACGCUCACCCAUGUUUCCGCGCUAUCGGUCACCGUAAACGACGUCGAAUGCAUUUACGAGUACGUCUUGUACGAAGGCGACACCGUUUCAGGCAAUUUCGUCGUCGUCGAUCACGAUAUUUUCUGGAGCUCCGAUCAUCCCGGCAUCGACUUCACGGUAACAUCACCAGCAGGAAAUAUUGUGCACACUUUGAAAGGAACAUCUGGGGACAAGUUUGAGUUUAAGGCCCCUAGAAGUGGAAUGUACAAAUUUUGUUUCCACAAUCCUUAUUCGACACCAGAGACAGUCUCUUUCUACAUUCAUGUCGGCCAUAUUCCCACUGAACAUGACCUUGCGAAGGAUGAACAUUUGGACCCCAUUAAUGUCAAACUUGCUGAACUGAAGGAAGCUUUAGAAUCUGUAACUGCCGAGCAGAAGUAUUUGAAAGCCCGUGAUAGUCGUCAUCGUCAUACAAAUGAGAGUACGAGAAGGCGCGUCAUAUUUUACACAGUUGGGGAAUACCUCUUGCUUGCACUAGUAAGCGGACUUCAGGUUGUCUACAUACGUCGCUUGUUUAGUAAAUCAGUUGCAUACAACCGUGUUUGAUCAAACUGCUAGCGACUUUCCUCUCCUCAAAUCUGGUUUGAUUGUUCGCUCGGCUGGGGAAGAUGAUGUUUGGUGCGGUUUGUACAACAGAAAUGGUUUCUAUUUAACUGCCCUUGUUGUUUGAAAUUAUUGAGCAAACUCGAUUUAGUUAGAGAAUCUCAUUAAUGUAAUUUCUUUGAAUUAGUUGUCGAAUGAUUUUUGCUUGUCCUAUACUGAGGAUUUUAAUUUAGUGAACCUAUUUAAAUUUCUUCA